AUGGAGCGCUCGUUCAGCGUGGACGACCUGGUGGGCGGCCUCUACCGCCUGGGCCAGGCCGGCAUGGGGCGCACCGACUCGGAGGCCGCCUUCCAGGAGUUCCUGAAGCGCAUCCCGUCAGCCACCAACCUCGCCGCAGCCGCCAACGCGUCGUCCGCGGCCGCCGCCGCCGCCGCCGCGGCAGAGGCGGCGCCGGCGCUGCCGAUCAGCACGUCGGGCUCCUUCUCCGGUGCGGCCGAGGCGGCACCGUUGAGCGCUGGCGGCGGCGCGGGCGGCCGCAUGCCCCGCGUGGCGUCCCUCGACCUGCUUGCGAAGCUCGUGAUGCAAGGCGCGUCGGCGGCGCCGCAGACGCUGCCGGUGAAGGGCGAGCCGGGAGCCGCAGAUGCGCCCCUCGCGUCGCGAACGCCCCCCAUCCCCCCGUUCAACGCCGCGCCGCCCUCGGUAGACCCCGCGGCGCUCCACGCGGCGGCCGCGCUGCAGGGCGUCCCGGGCCUCAGCGCCGCCGCAGCCGCCGCCGCCGCCGCCGCCGCCGCGGCCAGCCCACUGGCGCUCGCGGCGGCCGUCAGCCCGACGGCCGCGGCCGCGAUGCAGCUCAACUCCCUCAGCCAGGCGCAGCCGAAGCCGCGCUCCGGCGCCCGCCCCGCGCGCCCGCCCAGCGGCGGCGGCGCCGGCAACGGCAAUGGCGGCAUGACCAGCAGCGGGGGCCAGGGGGGCUGCGACGGCAGCGGCAUGGAGGACAUGACAGGUCUGGACAAGAACGAGGUCCGCCGCAUGCGCCGCAUGCAGUCCAACCGGGAGAGCGCGCGGCGGUCGCGCAAGCGCAAGCAGGAGCACCUGCAGACGCUGGAGCAGCAGCUCGACGACAUGGCGGCCAAGGCGGCCGAGGCCAACGCGCGCGCACAGGAGGCGGAGCGGCGCUGCGCCGACCUGGAGGCCCGCCUUGAGCGCGCGCGGGACGAGCUAGAACGCCUCAGGGGCGGGAACGACAACGGCGAGGCCAACGGCAACGGCAACGGCGCGCCGGAGCAGCGCAACGGCAUCCGCACCUUUGACGAAGGGGCUGAGGGCGGCGCGCCCCCAGGGGCGGCCGCGCCCGCCGCCAAGCGGCAGCGGAAGCAGCAGCAGCCCGUGUCUGCGCUUGCUGGGGAGGGUCUGGACGCGCGCGAGGAUGGCAAGGCGGCGGCCGCAAAGCAAGCAGAGCCGGUUCACAGCAACGGGCGCCGGCGCAGCAGCAGCGAUGACGGCGGCAGCGGAGAUGGUUCGCGUGGUUCAGAAUAA